GGCGCGGGGCGGGCGGCAGCGGGCGCCAUGCUGCGGUGGCUGCUGGGCGGCGGGCGGGAGCCGCAGGGCCUGGCCGAGAAAUCAUCUGUACAGACAAUUGGUGAAGAACAAAUACAAAAUCCUUACACGGAGCUCCUUGUGUUGAAAGGCCAUCAAGAUAUAGUACGAUUUCUAGUACAAAUAGAUGAUUGCAGGUUUGCCUCUGCAGGAGAUGAUGGAAUCAUAUUUCUGUGGAAUGCUCAGACUGGAGAAAAAAUUAUUGAACUUCAUGGACACACACACAAGAUAACAGCUAUAGCACCAUUUUCUUCGUCAGAUGCUUCUGAAGAUAAAAACCAUUUUAUUUUAACAGCAUCAGCUGAUAGAACAGUUAUUGUUUGGGACUGCACUAGUGGCAAACAGGUUCAAAAAGUGUCGUGUUUCCAUUCUACUGUAAAGUGUUUGACAGUUCUUCAAAGACUGGAUGUAUGGUUGUCUGGAGGGAGUGAUCUGUGUGUUUGGAACCGAAAAUUAGAUCUCUUGUGUAAGACCAGUCAUCUUACUGAUGCAGGUGUCAGUGCUUUGGUUGAACUGCCUAAAAAUUGUGUCGCGGCAGCUGUUGGCAAAGAGCUAAUAAUUUUUAGGUUGAUUGCUUCUAAUGAUGUAUCUGAAGGUUGGAAUGUGCUUGAAGUAAAACGCCUUGUUGACCAUCAGGAUAAUAUUUUGUCAUUAGUCAAUGUCAACGACUUGACUUUCGUGACAGGUUCUCAUGUGGGUGAGUUAAUAGUUUGGGAUGCACUUGACUGGACAAAGCAAGCAUCUGAGUGCAACUUCUGGGACUCCUGUGUUCAUCCAGAUGUACAGCCGGAAAUAAAGUUAUCCCAAAGCCCAAAUGAAACGUCAAUUCAGCACUUAACAUCUGAUGAGGAGUGUGUGUUUGCUGCUAUUGGGAAAGGCAUAUACGUAUAUAAUCUUCAAAUGAAGCGUGUGAUUGCCUGCCAGAGAACUGCUCAUGACUCCUCUGUACUGCACAUUGAGAAGCUUCCAAACAGGCAGCUGAUCUCCUGCUCAGAAGAUGGCAGUGUGCGCAUUUGGGAGCUCCGAGAAAAGCAGCAGCUACCCGCUGAGCCGGUUCCAACAGGUUUUUUCAAUAUGUGGGGAUUUGGAAGGUCCAACAAGCAGACUAACCAAGCUGCUAAGAAGAUGCAGGAGAGUACACCCAUGUAUUUCUUGGAGCUGGUUGGUGAUUUGAUUGGUCAUUCAUCAGCAGUACAGAUGUUUCUGUAUUUUGGUGAACUGGGACUGGCUACAUGCUCUGCUGACCACCUCAUUAUUCUGUGGAAGGAUGGUGAACGAGAAUCUAGACUCCGCAGUUUAACACUGUUUGAAAAAUUGGCACAGAAUGGUGAUGUGCAGCUCAAAUUUUAAACUGCUAUGGAUGUAUAAACUGAAUGGAUGUUAAAUGUGUGUGUGAAGGGAAGUUUGAGCUGAUAGCAAUGUGUCUACAAGUAAGGUUUACACUUAAUGUCAUGUAUUAUACUGGAAUUUUCUUUAGUUGCUGCUACUCUUCUCAAAGGACAGUUUUGCAUGUUGGAACUUACCUGGCUUGUUCUCUCAGCAGAAAUUAUGUUAUCUUGCAAGACUGUAGGUAAUGAUGACUUUAAAUAGUUUCUGUAUUAUUCCUAGUGUUUAAAAAUAACAUGGGUGAAUGUUAAGAUUCGUAAAAAUCUUUAGAUGGAUAGUAACUGAAGCAGUUAGGGGCAUUCCAUAGUGUUAUGUGCAGAGAGGAGGCACACAAAAAAACCCUGAGGCUUUCCUGCUUUAUAUAACUUCUUUCUUGAAGCUGAUCUUUAGUCACUGAUGGCUCAGAUUUAUGUAUCUACAAAAAAAAACAACAACCCAAGAAACAGGUUUGGCGUUUGAAGCUACUAUCCUACACCAAGGGUAAGAGCAGAAAAAGCAGGCAAUACUGGUUUGUCAGUUUUAAUUUUUCACAAAGCAGGGCAUAUAGGUACUUGUACAUCUCCCCUGCAGUAGAUGCAGUUUUACUGUGGGUUUACCUACACUACUGGAGUUUAUACAGCACCAUUUCCAUGUCUAGCAUGAAGUAUGAUUGGUUUAGCUUAGUUUGUCCAUAGUGCAUUCAUCACAUUAACGUGUAUCUAAUAAAAAGCACUGACCUUACCAUGGAUUUUUGGUAUGUAAAAUACUUUCUGAAGCAGUAGCAGUUGAUGUGUUCAAUAUGUGCAGAACGCUUCUGCCAGUUGCUUACUAUAUUCUUAGCUGAAGUUUCACCACAGAGGAAUCUGUACCAAGUUUGUAAGAAUAAAUAGUAUCUUGGAGCUUAGAAAGCCUCUAAGUACACAAUGCCUUUUUCAAAUCUGAGACAGCAGCAGUAAUCUGCAAGCUAAAAAGGAGUAGGAAAAAAACCCUCAAACUAAACCAAAAAUCCCAAACCAAAGCAACAAAAACCCAAAAGUAAAAAAAAAAAGUAAAGUUAAACCAAAACUGAUACAAAAAAAGUGGGAGGGGGAACAAGAGGAGUGUUAAGUUAUCUCAGAGAAAAACGAGGGAAGAGGGCAGUUUGGAAAUUUAGUGGUCAUAAAGCCAUCUAGGAUAGGGUGCUACUGUCCUCAGGUCUGUUCAGAAGAUCUAGCACUUGAAUAGGUUAGGAACAAAUCUCCUGUAACUUUACAAUGCUGUAUCUUCCCUUUGAAUCAAUGAGAACUGUUAUCAGUACUGGAGACUACAGGACUGAAAUUCCAGAAUUAAGAUCCAGUGGCUGCAGUAAUUGCAAUUAAAACAAAGAAGUAAAAAGAUCCUGACAAGAGCAGAAGCAAAAAGAGCAAGCUCCAGCUUCCCAGAAGAAACCAGCGAGCCUUUUAGGGUUGUUUCCCCAGCCCUUGUGGGCACUUGCCUUCCCCCUGCCACCAAGAUGCCAAGCUUUGCCUCUUGAGACCAACUGUAAUCUUCCCUGGAAGGGACAGUAGAACUUCGAGCUGCAUUGUUUUUCCUCACUUUAGUCAACUUGUACAACAAAUCCUAUUUAAAUGUAGAGGUCAAAACAACCUAUUUGAAAACCACAAAACAGAUGGACAUACUGUUACAUUGCUCUGUCUUUUCAAUUCAGGAAGGUUAAGUCAGCCUUAAAUCCUGAGCUGCAUGUUCUUUGCUCAGGUUGUCUAUUCUGUAGACUGGCAUAGCAAAGGCGUCUGGAUUGUAGCUGAUGGUAAUAAGUAUAGGGUAUUAAACUUGGGAAAGGAAUGCACGUUAAGCCUUUCUGCUUGUCAGUCUGCAAUAUUUCAGCUUUUCUUCAUCAGCAGCUGUUGCAUUUUUGGCUACCCCAGUACAAGCUGAGGAAAUCAGUUUCUCUUUGGCUCUUUAUGGCUUGUUUCAAUUGAGAAAUAACUGUUUAGUUGUAUAUAAAGUGUAUGUUUACACAUUGCUACUGAAACUUUGCAAGGAAAGCUUAUAGAACUUAGGUUUUUUGGAGAAGGUACUGCUAUCAUCAGUUGUAACUAGAGAGAAGAAUCACCAUCUUUUUAUUAUCUCUUCCUAUACCAUGAGAACAACUGAUUAUUUUUUUAUGUGACUGCUUUUAAAUGAUUGCUUUCUCUGGUAGAGAAAUAGACCUAUUUAACUGAACAGUUCUGGUCACAAAACUCACUCUGCAUUUUACAGGCAUGUAAUUCAGCCUUAAAUAGUCGUACAUACAUGUAUAAAUAUUUUUAUCUUAUAAAAAGUGCCAUUGUUCUCUGAUACACUCCAUUCGUAAUAGGUCUUCUAAGGGUCUCCUCCUUUGAAGAUGACUAACUUGAAAGUAUUGAGUUGUUUUACAAAUAAACUUUGAGCAUAACAGUGAACACAGUAAGGCUAUACUAGCCCACUCCUGUUAAUUAACAGUUUGUCACUUGUUGGGAUAUGCAGUGAGCAGAAUUAGGGUGACCAGAUUAGAAAUUUUACUUCACCUUGUGCCCUUUCCACCUUGCAGCAGCACAGAAUUCCAUAUGUUCACAUAAUGAAAGUAAAUAUCAGACCUACCUUUAAUACUUGUACAACUCUGAAGCAGUAUGUGACAAUGGCAUGAAACAAGCAGCUGUUAGUCAGCUGGGUAGCUGAGUCUAGGAGAUCUGACACAACCGUCAGAUGACAGUCUGUGCAGAUUUCUUUGGCUCUUAAAGAGGGCGUAUCUCCACAGAAAUUACUUUUUUUUUGCUUAGUCUCUGACUGUGGGAAGAAACAGGAAGAAACACAGGAUCUUACAACAAAUACACUGAUUCCACAGGAACACCUUAGCUCAUGAAGCUGAACUGAGGCUGAACUUUAUUUCUUAGGUUCCUUCUACCAGUCACAUCGUCCUCCAUGUGACAGAAUGAAUUUAAAUAUUUUACAUGGAUGUUGUUUUACAGUGUUGUUGUACUUAACAGAUUAAAUUAAGGUGACAAAGCUUUGAAUCUUGUGAAAUUAUUUUCGCUAAUGCAAGUGAGUGUUCAGUCAUCAGAUUAGUUAAGGUACAAACACCAAGAGCACUAGUUCUAGAUAAGGGAAUGGUAAAAGCAAAUGAUUUAUGGUAUAAAAAACACAGGUUCAAAUUAUCUGAAUAAAAAUCUGUUGAAGAAUGUUGCAAUAGAUAACAGGAAAGAAUAAACAUAUGUCACCAGAAACAGCAUUCUUCAAAUAUACACAAUGCAGCAUUUUAAUACACAGCAACCUGCCUAGCUAUGACAAAAGUAAGGUUCUAUUACAAUUCUAACAAAAAUAUAGCUUAUAUACAUUUCUCUGCACGUAUGUUUUAUGAAUGUUUCCUUGUUUCAGAACUUGGUACAAAACAUACAAAAAAGUUUGGCACAUUAUGUGAGCUACCUGCAGCAUAGUCACUUUUCUUCCACAGCAAUCUAAACUCUAUGGUUUUGUUGUUUGUUUGUUUUUUUUUUUUUAUUUUGUUUUGUUUUGUUUCCUUUACUGGGUUCAGUUCUUGAUAUAGUGUAGGGGAGGUAAAGAGAAUGUGUCAAGACCUUUCCUUUUAAUGAUUAGUGGACUGCUUCUUCAACUGCAGGGACAGCUUUGAUGCUUUUGCCUGCAGCCUGGAGUGCACAGUGUUAAAAAUCAGUGGUUCUGCUAGUAUUUAUUAACUGAAAAAUCUAAGAAUAGUCUAAAAUUUUAACUCAUGUUCAUGUUCUGCAUGUCAUUAAAAUGAGAUGUACAAAAAUACACAUUUGUGCUUUGGAAGCGUUAGCAUAAAUUUCGUAUCUUAAAACUA